UGGCGAGUGGCGACCAUUUUCGUGCUUUGGUUAGCUCAUCAUUGCAACUGGAAAGGUGGAAUGAAGAACCAACGGUGGCAUCUGGGGUGAACAUCAUCUAGCGUCCUCCACCCUGCACCAUUUUAACGUCUGGCUCUUUUGCUUUUGGGGGGUUUGGACCAUUUGAUGAUGAAUUGAUGACCUACACCCCUUAAUCAUGGUCCCAACUUUGAUUCUGAGCCGUUCGAUCAACUCUGAAACCAAAAGCCUCCCCCAUGUGUCAAGCAAAGCACAAGCUCGAGCUCUGACAAAAUGUCUAACCAAACCUUAAACGGCAUGUCGUCGUCGUCGUCAUCGUCGUGGGGAGUAAGGAGUCUCAGCGAGAUAUCGGAGAAGGACACGGUUCAUCUCAGCGUCGAUCUCGUGUCGGCUGCGAGACGAAACAUUGGGUUCUUAAGGAGUGUUAAUGAGUGUCAUUGGCUUCACCAAAGAGCAACGAUGGUUGAAGCAAUAAGGAGGUAUGAGGAGGUGUGGAUGCCGUUGAUUUCUGAUCUGACAGUGGUGGGGUCAACGCCUCCUAUGGUUUUGCCACCUUUUGAUGUUGAGUGGGUUUGGUUUUGUCACACCUUGAAUCCUGUUGCUUACAGGAAAUACUGUGAGUCAAGGUUCUCAAAACUAAUUGGAAAACCAGCAAUCUUCAAUGAAGAAAAUGGAGAGUAUGCAUUGAUGAGAUGCAGAGAAAUCUGGGUUCAAAGGCAUGAAUCUGAGCCUUUUGAGAAUGAAGUGGAAUCAGAUUCCCAAGACCGACCAGGGAUAAAUCAAGAUCUUUUCAAUCAAGUUAAAAAGCACAAGUUUUUGUACUCAAAAUUUUCAGAACCAUACUUCUGUGAGCUAGUGUAUUUGAUAGCAGCAAGACAAAGAUACAGAGGAUUUCUGUACAUGAUGCAAAGGUUUGGAGAUGGGUGCCUUAGAUUUGUUCCUGCUUUGGAUAUUUUCCUGAUGCUGCUGACUCAUCAGAGCUACCCAACAGUGUAUGUAGAGGAUUUGAAGGACAAGUGGGAUAUGGGCAAGGUAGUGGGGUUAUGGGAGACUGUAAAAGAAAAAGAGGUAGAAGAAUCCAAGAACCUAUGGGAGAGAACCUUUGAUCAGCCUUAUGAGAAAGCUGGAGGUGGGCUAGCAGUGGAAUUGGAUAAGGUUAAGGCCAAGCCACCAAUCUAUUGGGAGGUUUCAGACGUAGAUGUUAACACUAAAUACAAGUCUAUGAUACCAAGGUUCCUACUUGAGGUAUGUGUUUUUGUGAGGCUCAAUGCUCGGACGAAGGUGAGCAAUGGAGACACAAAACACAAGUUUCUGCGUCUCCGGAUAGUAAGAUGUCACAGGGAGCUCAAGCUUGAUGAAUUAAUCUCCAACUUUUCGUAUGAUUCAUGGCGGAAAGCCUGGCUUCUCUACUGUGAGUUUGGAACUAGAGGACUUAUGGUUGAGCUUCGUGGCCGCCGUGGUCGCUGCUUCAAAGGAAGCAAAUCGCUGGACUCGAUGCCAUUUUAUUGGAAUGAUUUACUAAGGGCACCCUCUAUUACUUUGUCAAGAGAAGUCGAUCAAGUGAGGAUUAAAUGGAAGUUUUUUAUUGUGUUCGGUUGA